AUAGAAAGAAAGAGUUGAAAUAUUUCCAUAUGUGUCAAAGGCCAAAUAGUAAAGGAAAUUUGUAUCAUAAAAGUAAAUAAUGCAGUUGUUUGAAAAAGUAAAAAAGAGUUACUAGCACCUAAAAAAUGGCACUUUUAGUUAAUACUGAGGGGUCCAAUAGAUUAGUGUUAUACGAGAUUCCAUGAAACUUUCGUGAUUAAUUAAAUAAAUGUAAUGAAAAUGUUUUUAAGAAGACUACAUAUACAAAAUGGCUUCAGCAGAAAAGAACUACCAAGUUGUGUUUGCCAAAAGACCUGGUGUAAAUGGUGUUCCUGCUAAGGAUAAUUUUAAACUGGAGGAAUGUGCUUUUCCAACACUUUCUGCAGAUAGUCCGGGGGAUGUACUUAUUAAAACACUGUACUUAUCUGUUGACCCUGCACAAAGAUGUCAAAUGAAUGAAGACACAGGAGUUGAAUACCUGCAACCAUGGAAAAUAAAUGAGACUGUACAAGGUUUAGGUGUUGGUGUUAUUAUAAAAAGUGAAGAUAAAGAUUUUCCAGUUGGGCUAUCAGUCACCACUAAAACAUUUUCUUGGCCAUGGGAGUUAUAUUGGAAAGGAGAAACACAAAAAUUAUCAGUUGUUACACAUAAAGAUGCAAAAGAUUUUAUGACAUACUAUGGUAUUCCAGGAUUAACAGCAUUGUUAGGACUGCAAGAAAAAGGUCACAUUUGCAAUGGUGAAGGAGAAGGAAAGACAAUUGUUGUUAGUGGAGCAGCUGGAUCAUGUGGUCACUUAGCAGGUCAAUUUGCUCAUCUAUUUGGUUGUUCUCGAGUGGUUGGCAUUUGUGGAAGUGAUGAAAAAUGUAAAGUACUGCUAAAUGAACUUAAAUUCAAUGGAGCCAUUAAUUACAAGACAGAAAAUAUGUCAACUAAAAUAAAGGAAUUGUGUCCAGAUGGUGUGGAUUGUUAUUUUGACAAUGUUGGUGGUGAAUUGAGUGACACUGUUAUAUCGCAUAUGAAUCAGAAUAGCCACGUAGUAUUGUGUGGACAAAUAUCACAAUACAACAAAGACGUUGGGUAUCCUCCUCCCAUUGGUCAAGAUAUUCUUAAUUUAUUAAAAGAAAGAAAUAUUACCAGGGAAAGGUUUCUAGUUUUAAGAUACGAGGAAAAGUUUAUGACUGCCGCUGAACAAUUGUACAAAUUAAGGAAGGAUGUAAAGGUUUUGGAAUCAGUUUAUGAUGGGUUAGAGCGUAGUGGGGAGGCUUUUUGUGACAUGAUGAAUGGGAAAAACAUUGGCAAACAGUUGGUAAAAGUUGCAUCAUUGUGAUUUGUUUUUUGUGAUAUUGAAAUCUAUUUUUAAAGAAUUGUUCAUGCAGUGACUUUUA